GCAAACGGCAAGGGCUGUGUCAAAGCACGAACACUCUUGCAACGCUUCAGAGAGUCACCACAUGUACGUGUAGACAGUGAUGUGGAAGACAGUGCAUACAGUCUAAAAGGAGUGGUCUAGUGGAUGUGCAACGAAGGGAUGUGCGAAAAAGGAGACGUGGACAUGACAAUGCAGCAGAAAGGUGGGACAUAUAGACCUGCGGAUUUCAAGAAGUUGCUGGGCACUAUGGCAAAGAAUUGGAAAAUGCUUGUUGAUGGGUCGAACGACAAGUUGAAGAGUGGUGCUGCAGAAAUCUUGGUGUUGUCCAGAAUGAAGGACAUUACACAAACACCGCCAGAAGACUUUCGAGAUAUUCCUGUCAUUGUUGCAGAUGGUGUGGAAUAUGUUCUGCUGGAUCAACUUGCGGACUUCAUGAAAAAGAAUGCCGACGACAGGAACGUCAUCCAUGAGACGUUGCACGAAGCACUGCAAGGUCAAGAUCUGAUAGAAUUUGUGCCAGCAAGAACAGAAGACAACACCAUAUCUAGCAGACCUUUGUGGGGGGAGUUAUUAUCAGCUGCUUUGGAGCGGCUCGGUGCAGUGAAUCUCGUGAGCGAUGAGAGCGAGGACGUCGGGGCGCGCGAGAAUGUAGACGGGGAGGGCGGGACAUUCGAAGAGCAGCAACCGCAGCCUGUCAAGUCUUUUGACAGCUCUCGCAAGCUGGCGGCACUGAUUUUCUCCACCAGGGGCGGCGUUGGUAAGAGAAACCGAGCGAGGAUGACAGAGUCACAGAAAAGUAACACGUGUGGUGCCGGCGCGAAGUGGUCAUAUGUGGGUACAAAACCGGUCACCGGUCCAAGGAUGGAAAAUAAGGACGAAGAGCACCGCAGAGAGGUGGUAAGCGAACCGUUGUUACCAUUGACUAGUGAGAGGUCUUUGAAGGUCGUGGGAAAGAAGGACAAGGGGAGGAAGAAAUGCAAGGCUGACAAGAAAAAAGACAGGAGGGAGCAUCGCAGAAGCGGAUCCAAGAAUGAAAAAACGGAGCAGACCAGCAGCCGCAGAAACGCAUCAAAAGUUUCGCUCCCAUCAAGUCAGAGGGAGAUUUCAAAGCUGAAAGAACGCAAUGAGUCACCCCCUGCGACUCCUGCCUCACGGAACCGUGACAGCGGCGUCGAGAACCGUUCAUCCAAGGCCCCCGAGAAGAGGUCGCGAGAAGACGGAAUGUUAAAGGUGCACCGCAGGACAAAGAACAGAAUCACGCAAAAAAAGAACAGAAUGGUGGAGAUGAUCGAUCUGAGAGGCUCAGGUGAUAUGCACAGCGCAGCCCGAGAGGAAGCAGAAGAGGAACACGACCAAUCCAUAUCAGAAAAGUCUGACUGGGAGGAGAACGAGGCAACAAGUGACGAGGGAGGUGAGAGUGAAACUUCCGACGGACAUUCUCGCGACACUCACGACGCUGAUGACGAGGACGGCAGGAGCAGCGACGGCACAGCGCAGGAUGAGGGUGGUGACGGGGCAGACGAAGACGAUAGAAGCACGGACGGAAGAGAGAGUUCCCCAUCUCCAGGAAGAACGAGAUGCACGAGGGAACCCGAAAGUGGCGACGAGGGAGGCGCAGCCGACGCACCCUCGAUUGACAGACAACUAGUGAGGCACGACGACGCAGUUCAAAAUGGUAAACAAAAUGUGUUGCAGUUGCUCCUCUUGCACAAUGAUUAUGUGGUAACGGCGCAAAGUGAUGGCAUUUCCUUAAUGCGAGGAUGUCGAUGUGAUGAACGAACAGUUGAAACGGGCUCUGGAAUUUCGCAGGUGCACCGCAGGACAAAGAAGAGAAUCACGUACAAAAAGGACAGAAUGGUGGAGAUGAUCGAUCUGAGAAUCUCAGACAAUAUGCAGAGCGCGUCCCGAGAGGAAGCAGAAGAGGAACACGACCAAUCCAUAUCAGAAAAGUCUGACGGGGAGAAGAACGAGGCAACAAGUGACGAGGGAGGUGACAGUGAAACUUCCGACGAACAUUCUCGCGACACUCACGACGCUGAUGACGAGGACGGCAGGAGCAGCGACGGCAUAGCGCAGGACAAGGGCGGUGACGGGGCAGGCGAAGACGACAGAACUGUGGACGGAAGAGAGAGUUCCCCGUCUCCUAGAAGAACGCGACGCACGAGGGAACCCGAAAGUGGUGGCGAGGGAGACGCAGCCGACUCGCCCUCGAUUGACAGACAAAUAGUGAGGCACGACAACGCAGUUCAAAAAGGUAAACAAAAUGUGUUGCAGUUGUUCCUUUUGCACAACGAUUACGAGGUAACGGCGCAAAGUGAUGGCAUUUCCUUAAUGCGAGAAUGUCGCUGUGAUGAACGAACAGUUGAAACGGGCUGUUGAAUUUCGCAGACAACAAAGACCAGCAGAGCGG